AGCCGCCGCCGCCGCCGACUGGCCCUGCCGCGAUGAGGGCUGCAAGCGAUGAGCGGCGCUCGGAGGACGGCAAGGAUGGGGCUGGCGGCGAGACUCUGGGCAGACCAUUGGGUCCCACGCCAAGCCAGAGCCGCUUCCAGGUGGACCUGGUGGCCGAGGGCGCUGGCCGCCCGGCCGAGGAGCUCCGCAAGGCGAGCGGGGAAGGCGGCGCGGCGGGGAAAGGCAGUGAGGAAGCCAAGGGCAGGUUUCGGGUGAACUUCGUGGACCCGUCGGCUGGUGACGAGAGCCCUGGCGAGCCGGGGGGCAGUUCGGAGGGCGGCAAUGUCAGUUUUCAGAACGGCGGCGACACUGUGAUGAGCGAGGGCAGCCUGCACUCCGGAGGUCACCACCACUACUACUAUGAUACCCACACCAACACCUACUACUUGCGCACCUUCGGCCACAACACCAUGGACGCCGUGCCCCGAAUCGACUACUACCGCCACACGGCCGCCGACCUGGGGGAGAAGCUCAUCCGGCCCAGUCUCGCCGAGCUGCACGAUGAGCUGGAUAAGGAGCCCUUUGAAGAUGGCUAUGCAAAUGGUGAUGAAGGCACACCAGCUGGGGAAGCUACUGCCUCUUACACACCUGACAGCAAAGGAGUGGUCAAGUUUGGCUGGAUAAAAGGUGUAUUGGUACGAUGUAUGUUAAAUAUUUGGGGUGUGAUGCUUUUCAUUAGACUUUCAUGGAUUGUAGGACAAGCUGGCAUAGGUCUGUCUGUCGUUGUUAUCGGAAUGGCCACUGUGGUGACCACUAUUACAGGACUGUCUACUUCAGCAAUAGCCACAAAUGGGUUUGUAAGAGGAGGUGGAGCAUAUUACUUAAUUUCAAGAAGUUUGGGGCCAGAGUUUGGUGGCGCCAUAGGUCUGAUUUUUGCAUUUGCCAAUGCUGUUGCAGUAGCAAUGUAUGUUGUUGGCUUUGCAGAGACAGUUGUGGAGCUACUCAAGGAAAAUGGAGCACUGAUGAUUGAUGAAAUGAAUGAUAUCAGAAUCAUAGGGGCUAUAACAGUGGUUAUAUUGCUGGGUAUAUCUGUUGCUGGUAUGGAGUGGGAAUCAAAAGCGCAGAUAGUCUUACUGGUGAUCCUCAUACUUGCUAUUGGAGACUUUGUCAUUGGAACGUUUAUUCCUUUGGAUAGCAAGAAGCCUAAAGGUUUCUUUGGUUAUAAAGCUGAAAUAUUUAUGGAAAAUUUUGGUCCAGACUUCCGACAUGAGGAAACUUUCUUUUCUGUUUUUGCUAUUUUCUUCCCUGCUGCAACUGGCAUACUUGCUGGUGCAAAUAUCUCAGGUGAUCUUGCGGAUCCUCAGUCAGCCAUACCUAAAGGAACGCUGUUGGCCAUCUUAAUUACUACAUUGGUUUACGUAGGAAUUGCAGUAUCUGUAGGUUCCUGUGUUGUGCGGGAUGCCACAGGGAAUGUUAAUGACACCAUUGUCACGGAGCUGAUGAAUUGCACUGCUGCAGCUUGCAAAUUAAACUAUGAUUUCUCAUCCUGUCAGCCAGGAUGUCAGUAUGGGCUGAUGAACAAUUUCCAGGUAAUGAGCAUGGUGUCAGGAUUUGCACCACUGAUUUCUGCAGGUAUUUUUUCAGCCACCCUGUCUUCUGCAUUAGCAUCUCUUGUGAGUGCACCCAAGAUCUUCCAGGCUUUGUGCAAGGACAACAUUUAUCCAGGAUUUCAGAUGUUUGCUAAAGGCUAUGGGAAGAACAACGAGCCACUGAGAGGAUAUCUUCUAACAUUUUUAAUUGCUCUUGGAUUCAUACUAAUUGCUGAACUGAAUGUGAUUGCUCCAAUUAUUUCUAACUUCUUCUUGGCGUCAUAUGCCUUGAUUAACUUCUCUGUAUUCCAUGCUUCUCUUGCAAAAUCUCCAGGUUGGCGCCCUGCGUUCAAAUACUACAAUAUGUGGAUUUCGCUUCUUGGAGCUAUUCUGUGCUGCAUUGUGAUGUUUGUCAUUAAUUGGUGGGCAGCACUUCUAACAUACGUCAUAGUCCUUGGACUCUACAUUUACGUCACAUACAAGAAACCAGAUGUGAACUGGGGAUCCUCAACCCAAGCUUUGACUUACUUGAAUGCACUACAGCAUUCUAUUCGGCUCUCAGGAGUGGAAGAUCAUGUGAAAAACUUCAGACCUCAGUGCUUAAUUAUGACAGGUGCUCCAAGUGCACGUCCAGCUUUGCUUCACCUUGUCCAUGCUUUCACCAAGAAUGUGGGUUUGAUGAUCUGUGGCCAUGUACAUAUGGGUCCUCGGAGGCAAGCCAUGAAAGAACUGUCAACUGACUUGGCUAAAUAUCAGCGAUGGCUGAUUAAAAACAAGAUGAAGGCUUUCUAUGCUCCAGUGCAUGCAGAGGACUUGCGGGAUGGAGGACAGUACUUAAUGCAGGCUGCUGGCCUGGGUAGGAUGAGACCUAACACCCUUGUUGUUGGAUUUAAGAAAAACUGGAGACAAAGUGACAUGAGAGAUGUUGAAACCUACAUCAAUUUAUUCCAUGAUGCCUUUGACAUUCAGUAUGGGAUAGUUGUCAUCCGCCUAAAGGAGGGCCUGGACAUUUCUCACCUUCAGGGCCAAGAAGAAUUGCUGUCAUCCCAAGAAAAAUCUCCAUGUACCAAGGAUGUCAUAGUAAAAGUGGAUUAUAGCAAGAAGGCGGAGACAGACACUUCUAUAGCUUUUGCUCCAUCAUUUAGUGAAAGAACUUCCACUUCAUGUAAAGAUUCAAAGAUCCAGUCUUCUUCUUUAAAUUUGACUGACCAAAGACUUCUUGAUGCUAGUAGUCAAUUUCAGAGGAAACAAGGCAAAAGCAAUAUUGAUGUCUGGUGGCUCUUUGAUGAUGGAGGUUUGACAUUGUUGAUUCCGUAUCUUCUUACAACCAAGAAGAAGUGGAAAGACUGUAGGAUCAGAGUGUUCAUUGGUGGAAAAAUAAACAGGAUUGAUCAUGACAGAAGAGCGAUGGCUACUUUGCUCAGCAAGUUUAGGAUAGACUUCUCGGACAUUAUGGUUCUUGGGGAUAUUAAUACUAAGCCAAAGAAAGAAAAUAUUGCAGCUUUUGAAGAAAUGAUAGAGCCCUUCCGACUUCAUGAAGAUGAUAAAGAACAAGAAGUUGCAGAUAAAAUGAAGGAGGAUGAACCGUGGAGGAUAACAGAUAAUGAACUUGAGCUUUACAAAACAAAGACUUACCGCCAGAUUAGGCUAAAUGAGUUGCUACAAGAGCAUUCAAGUACAGCUAAUAUAAUUGUCAUGAGUUUGCCAGUUGCACGAAAAGGUGCAGUUUCUAGUGCGCUGUACAUGGCCUGGUUGGAAGCACUGUCUAAGGAUCUGCCACCAAUUCUUCUUGUUCGUGGGAAUCAUCAGAGUGUUCUUACCUUCUAUUCCUAAGAGUGCUGCACAUGGGACAGCUAUGAUGAAAUGGUACUUCAGUGUACAGUGGAGAGUGACUUACAUAUAUAUGAUCUAUAGUUUAUUAACAUCACAAAUGCAAAAAGUGACUCUUCUUUCACGAUUUCACUGACUUGAAAGCACACAAGGAAAGUUGCUGUAUUUCUAAAGGUGUGACAUCUUCAGUUUUAUUCUGUAUUUUCUGUAAUCUUGCUUAAUGGGGGAGGAUUCCUUGUUAGACUGAAGAAUAAGACAAGCUUUUUGUUUGCUAUUUGAAUAGCAGCAAUAAAAUGUUUUAUUUUUGAUCAAUAAAAGUAUUAUAGAUUUAUAAAAGCCUUUUAGCCUUGAGGUGCCUUCUGAAAUUAACCAAAUCUCAUCCAUACAUCCUAUUUUGUAAAUUUAUAUAGAAUGUCAAAAAUCUGCCUUCAGCUAAGAGUUUAGAUCAGACUUCCUUUAGUUUCUAGUCUCUUCCAUAUUACAAUAAAACUGAAUGCUGCUUUUCAGUCUUCCAUCAAGAUAUUAGUUCUUAAUACUGUAUGUUUUCUAUUGUCAGAAUUUUUUUUAUUAUUAUUAUAUCUGUUAGAUUUAAAGGUCAGAAUUGGGGCAGGUCAGUUGCAUUAACACAGUUUUGUGAUGCGAUUGUCAAGACUUUGUGCUACUAAAUUUUGUAAGAGUUAAAAUAAAAUUAAUUCCUACUAGCAGAGAGAAUCCUUUUCUCAAAUUUGACAAUAUGUACUACUGAGAUACAUGGCUAACAUUAGCUACCUUGGCAAAGGUGUGUCUAGAGCUUUGUAGCUCCAGCGUGAAGCCAAAUUCAUCUUGCUGUCUGAGGCUCUUAGUACAAAUGAGAAGACCUGUCCCUAGUUCUUGGCCUAUUGUAUUUUGGUGUCACUUUCAAACUUACUUUGAAACAAAACUUAAGGCUUGAAUGGGGAUAAUAUAAACAAUGUGAUGCUAUCUAACAGAAAACAGUAAACACUAUGUGAAAACUUGCUAUCCAAUAUAAAAUGUAAAAGCUACAGUUCUCUCGCAUUUUUCAACAAAUGGUUAAAAGGACCACUAGUUACUAGGGGAGAUGUUUUUAGGUCAAUCCGUUCAGUUGUCAGAAAAUACAUUUAUUUUUAUUAAAUAAUACUCAGGUUUGAUUGUCUAGCCAUUUAGAUCUCUUCCAUACAUCCCACUUUAUACAUUUUCUAUGUUCAAUAAAGAAACUGCCAAUCUUAUAUGCCCUUUCAUUGCAUAUUUUAAAAACUUCAUAAUUUAGUCUACUAUGAACACCUACACAAGAAAAUUCACUUAAGCCUUUGUAUAAAGGUCCUAAUGUGAACUAUUUUUUAAAUUCCUAAUAUAUUUUGGAUAGAAACGAUUACCUAAAAACAUUUCACAAGCUUUUGAUAUUAGUAUUGGGCAUGCUACUGAAUCAGUUUACCAGCGGUGGAGUCACUUUCACUUAAGGAUGCACAGAAAAGGUGUAUUUUUAUGAUAAAUACAAGAUCAAAUUGAAAUAUAACUUCCUUUUGAAGGACAAAGUGUAAUUGUUGUGUGGUAAAGUAGAGCUUCAAGUUGUGAUUAAAGAUAGAAAUAAUUUACACAGUGCAGUUUACAAUGUUGUCAAGUUCUUGAUAAACUGCUAAAAAUCUUUUUUGCUGUUUCAGUUGGAUUUGAGAUUAUUGAAUCACUUCCUUUAUUAAAAAAAUUAAUAAAAACAAGUAAGUGUUUUGCUGCUAAGUGUGAGAUAACUGAUGCCAGCAUGAACCCAGCUUGUUACAAUAGACAUUGUAAGACAAGACUGCAGUAAAAGUGCUAUUUCCUUCCAGGUUGAGGGGGUGGGGAACAAACUUACCAGUGUAUCUAUUACAGGUUUUACAGUGUUUUUUUGGGGAAAGGGAUGUCACAUUGUGAGUAUGGAAUCAUUGCUGUGUUUCUUCUUGUUUUGUGGGUCACAUUCUUUCGAACAGAUGGGACAGUAAGGCAUGGACUUAGUGCUGCUAUCAUUAAAAAUAAAAAAUAAAUACAUGCACAGGUACACUUAAAAGAUUUUUUUUCCCAUUCAGGAAAUCAUUGCUUGUGAUCUGUAACACAGAAACCAAAUGAAGUGUGUGUAUACAUGCAUAUAUGUGUAUAAAAAUUAUAUAAAAUAUAUCUAAAUAUGCAUAUGGGGAUAGUUAAAGUAGUCUGUGAAGUAAUGUAGGAUGCUUUUCUCAUGCACUCUGAAGUCCACUAAUGCUAGGCACGGGGUCAAGCUUCAAGAUUAUUUGCUACACUAAAACUUCAAUAGUUAAUGGUAAUUGUUUGCAAGAUGUCAGUUAGUGGCAGUCACUCCAAACUUCUGCUUUUGAUUUUGACACCAAAUUAGGUAUGUUCCAAUCAUUAAUUACUUGAAAAAUGAAAUUACUUACACACGGCAAUUCAUACCUUCUAUAGAUUAGGUUUCUUUAUAUGGGUUUAGAAAGACAGUUGUAGCUGGAGCAAAUCAAUUAUUUAUUUGUUCACUUGUAUUUAGGUUUCCUUUUACAUACAUUCUUUUUAUAUGCUUUUUCUGACAUUGCAUAUUUAAAAAUAACUGAAAAUAAUUUAAAGAUCUGAGCAUUAGUGGGUAAUGGCCCACUUGGUUUGAAGAGGUAAGAUUUGAUACUGUACUGUAACUGUCACACACAAUGCUUUUCUAAUGUUUAACGUGAUUAUUGCAGUUAAUACUUUGUACCAGGGGGAUGUCACUGCAAUAAAAGGAAGUGAAUUCAAUACAA